UUUACUAACCCUGCGAGUGCGAAACCUAUUUAUUAUUCGCAUUUGUUAUAAAUAAAAUUAAUUGGACAUUAGUGAUGUACCGCGUCCUAUAUGGGCGAUUGCUGGUAGUGCCAGUUACGGCGGACGUGCGCACUUUGCACAGCGCAGCACCGUUGUUUGCCGCAGCCAAGAAAACAACAUCCGCCGCUGGAGGAGUAAUGGGGUUAGGCAAAGGCAAAAAGAAACUAGGAAAGCUGGGUACCAUGGAGAAGCGUGAACUGCCAGUAGAAACGGACCCACAGAAGCUUGUCACUCAAGUGUGUGGCGCCAAUAUCUAUACCACAGGAGAGGACCCCAAGCUGGGCCCAGACAGCGAGUACCCCGACUGGCUCUGGGAGCUGCACACGGGCCCUGCACCGCCACUGGAGUCGCUGGAUCCCGAUACGAAGGCCUACUGGCUACGCGUGCGCGCCGCAGGCAUGCGCCGCAAUAACAAGCUACGAUCGCUGCGCAAGUUUUAGAUUUUAUAAUUGCCUUUGUCUCUGGAAUGUCUCAUUUAAUUUAAAUGUUGCCUUUUUUCUCGAUAUGAAAUGAUGUUGUAUGCAGUGUACGGCAACGGCAAAGUUUUAUGGUGUUCUUUAACCUUUUCGACGCCGCGUCAAUCACAAAAGCUGUCACUCGGACGCCACGUAACCGAAGUGUCAAAACUGAAAUUGAACUUUAUGCAUAUGCACGUAGGUCUAUGUUGCUCUGUGGUCUGUGACCGAUUAAUCGAUCUUUGGCGUUGGACCUGUGCGGUUCGGAUAUAUCGGUCAUUGGCGUUCAAAAGGUUAAAUAUCGCAUUUCAACAAGUUGCACAGAAAUUUUAACAAAACUAGUCAAGGUUUUGAGAACAAUCUUUUUGUGUUGAAACUUUAUACCUCUUGGACAGUGUUCAAGCAAAUGUAUUUCAUAGUUAAAUUAAAACAGAAGAGAAGUUGUUUCCUGGGUGGAUCAUUGAGAAAACUCAGAAUAAAUGAGGAUGCCUAGUUUAUAAGUAGGAAGUGUAAAUAAAAUGUUAGUUUUUAAA